AUGGGGCAGCAGAAAAAAGAUGCGGCUCAAUCUGUAGCUGCCGUUGCUGCUCAGAAUGUUGACAGUUACCUUCGCGGUGUGACGAGUCGAGCCCGAGUUCCUUCGGCAACUGGCGGAAGAGGUACGCGUCGUAGGCUGGCCUCCCAGGCAGAAGUCGCUGCAGCCAAGAUCAAGGAGCAACCUAAGUCUCUUGAUGACUUCGCUGACGCUGAUAAUGGUGAUGAUGAGUGGGAGGAAGUGAUGUUACCCACCUCAUUUACACCGUCUAGCAGCACAAAACCCGAGGUAAAGGUGAAAGAUGAGAAAAAUGGCAUCGUGGAAACCCCAGAAUUUGGUGCAACAGGACCGAACCCCGGACAGGGAAGUGUGAAGGCGGAGCUAGUGGAUCUCACUGACGAGGAAAACAGACACAAUAGGAUAUUGGCGAGUGUAACGCCAAUGGGGGGUCAACAAUCUUCCUCCCCCUCCUCCGGGCAAUGGCGGCAGCGUGAUCCCGCCUAUGAGCAAAUGCUUGAACAGCAACAACUUCUUGCCGCGAAGCGCCGCUCGGAACGCACAAAACGUGCUGUGGAAGAAAUUUCAACCUUGUUAUUUGCCUUGUUGCGGGGAAGGAAAAUUGUGCAACAGGCGCGCCACCCAAAGUUAGUUCGUGGUCUUCUGCGCUUACAUGUAGUUGAGGAUGCGGCAUCCAAGACGUACCCGCUUUUACGUGCCGUUCUUCAAGCGAAAGGUUUGUAUGCAAAGGCGAUGAAUCCUGCUGUGAGUACCCCGUCCCUUGCACCUUGUUGGGUAACCGCUAAUAAGGACAGUGUCAACAAUUACACUUCUGCUUCUAUUUCCGCGUUGCUUCGUGGUAUAGAAUGUGUUUUUGUACUGGAUGGCGGUAUAGAACAUGCGGCUCUAUCUAACUGGGCUGCUCCCAUACAACCUGGGUAUCUUUUUGAGCAGCUGCGUAAGUACCACUACUCCAUUGGAUCACCUGGGUGUAGAAUCGUUCUCCCCCAUAGUUUGUAUAUUUGCGCUGUGUUUCUUUCUCUCGCAGCUGUUUCUAAUGUUUCCUGCCGUCUGGUGGUGGCGGUGGAACGAAUGCGGCGGGGAGACAUGUCGGAAAAAAGCGGGAGCGACGGAGGAUCGCCGCCGAAAGAAGCAAUGAGUUUGUUUGGUUCUGGAAAGAAGCGCAAACGAGGCGAUGAUGCUGGUGCGAAGCAAAAUACUCCGAAAAGACUGCCAUCUUCUUGCUUCUGGUUGGAAGUUUGGUGCCCGCAGCGGCAGUCGUACAUUUCAGUUAAUCCAUGUGGGGGUUGCGCCACACUCUUUGCCGCUCCAUACACCUUUUCUGUGGGCGGAGAUGCGAUUAUGGACGUCACCCCCCGUUACUCCAUUAAGUACAGCAGUGCUUUCACUCACAGGUUAGGCCGAUGUGAUAGGUAUCGCCACAUCUGGAAAGACCUUCAGUGGAACGAUAACAGGGAGGCGUCUGAAGUCAUCGUCGACUUGUUUCGCAGGGAUGUUGGUAAAUAUACGGAGGCGCAGAUGCAGAGGGAGAAGAAGCAGCUGCAUUCCCUCACGUACGCGGAGGAGGUGCCGAAGACCCUCACGGCACUGCAGAAGCAUCCGCUUUUCAUUCUCGAAAAUGGUCUCAGUCGGUACGAGGGCAUAUACCCCAAAGACAGCACCACCAUGGUUGGCAGCGUUAAGGGCCAUAUUGUGUUCAAGCGCUCUGCAGUUGUGAGCCUUCGCAGUCGCGAUGGUUGGCUGCGGGAGGGUCGCACGGUGUCCGGUGAAGAAGAACCAUACAAAGUAAUACCACCGCCACCCUCACGUCCCUUCUCGAAGUCGAGUGCUUUAUUUGGUGUUUGGCAAACGAAACCAUUCGCUCCGGAGCCGUUAGGUGAGGAUGGUAGUAUUCCCAAGCACGGCAAUACGCAGUGGUAUAUUCUGUUGGAUAAACCAGCACCAAUCGGAUUGGUGCAUAUGCAGCAACCGAAUAUUAUUCGGGUGGCAAGGCGUAUGAACAUUGAUUUUGGUAUCGUUGUUACUGGAUAUAGGCGGCGGCGUUUGAAUGAAGCGCGUUCCUCAGGAUGGGAAGUGGUGACUGACGGUAUCAUUGUGAAGGAAACUAACACAGGAAGUCUUGUCAAGGCUUAUGAGGAGUGGAAGCAAUUAACGGAGGAACAGGAGGCAGCGAAAAGGAAGCAGAGGGCGUACCGGUGGUGGAUGCAUUUUGUGCAGCAUAGACUGGCAUACUUGCGUAUUCGUCAGCAGUAUUUGGAGGGAGCUACACAUGGACAUCUUUCCUCUCACUGA